AUGGCGUUGGAAACUGAUAACCAGCAGAAUCUUCUAGGAAAAUUUACGAUUCCGGUCAUAGACGAAGAUGCCAAAAAUGACAAUCCAUGGCACCGAAACUACCACCAACCUCCGCGAUUCAAAAAGCUCGAGCCACAUAGUUUUCCAGUUCUCGAUAUUAGACCAGAUAUAUCGCGUCCGGAAUAUACGCCCCAGGCCUUACUUAAGAGCCAUGGAUUUGGAGUUGUCAAACACGAGUCUUCGUUGUUUGAGAAUACUUCGCCCGACUUCGAUGACGGCGAAGUUGUUUAUCCAAGCGAGCAGACUAUCGUUGAAAAGUACUAUCCUGAGAUGAAAGAUCUUAUAAUAAAAGAAUUGGGGGCUAAAGAAAUAUAUAUAACCCACAGUAUUGUGCGGGGAGGCGAAGUCCCUGAGGUAUAUAAGCUACCGACGGGGCUCAAUGUGAAACCACAUGAAAGCCAGCCUGAUCAGAAGAAAGGUGGGAAAGUUGAUUCAGAAUCAAACAACGAAGACUAUGACCGUCAUAUACACGUAUCCACAGGACAGCCAAUACGUGUACCUCAUCAAGACUAUACACCACUUGGGGCACGACAGUCAUUGCGUCAUCAAAGGCAAGAUAUAUACCAAUGUGCUCUUGAAAGCGGGAUUCUAGAGGCUGAAGACGGUAUAUGUGACGGCCAACCAUUUUCAGCUGAAAGCAAAGAGUCGGAAAAUUUGAUUUUCGAGAAGUACAACUCUGUGGAAAAACUGGGACCUCGAUAUGCGGCGUAUAGCAUCUGGCGCCCUCUAAAAAAGGUCCAGCGAGACCCCUUAGCCUUAUGCCCGAGAACCAAGUUCAAUCAAAACGACUCUCUCAUAUAUUGGCCGUAUCUGAAUAAAGUGCCAGGGCAUCCAGACCUGGGUGGGGAUUUUUUGAAAGAAUAUGCAAUUUUAGGACUGGACAAGUUCGUGUGCGACAGCUGUGGAAACAAUGAUUUUAUACCUUUGAAAUGGUACUACGUUUCUGAACAGAGGACGGAUGAGGUUUUAUUUAUCAAACUAUUUGAUAGUGCCGCUCUGGGUGAGAAUACCGAACAUGCCGGUGCUCCAUGGCAUGCAAGCCCAGAUUUGGGUGAUGCUAAAAAUGGUGAGCCCAGGGAAAGUAUUGAACUCCGUGUGAUGGUCUUCUGGUAG